AUGAAUUUAUACAUAGAAUAAGCAGCAGAAGAAAUUGAAUAAGCUAUUUUUGAUUCCGACCAGUUGUUGGCCUUAACCAAAGCUACCAUCUAGAAAUUUACAAAUUAUCUAAAGCGAAAAUAAUAGGAAAAGAUCGAACGAAGAUUCCAUCUAAAUUCUACCUUUGAUGAUUCCAAUAAUAUUAAGUAACGAGACAAAUAAUAAUUAAACCAACUUAAAAUACUGGAAUUCUUCAAUAAGGCUCAUAAGGAAAUAGAUAGAUAGUUAAGAGAAUUAAAGGAAAUGAUUCCCUCCAAUCCACAAACUUUCAUUAUAGAGGAUAUAAAUGACCAGGAACAAAUCAAAAAAUUGACAGAUUCACAAUUAGUAUCAAAGACUAACCCUUUAGAUUAGAAUUUUUCUUAAAUUUUUAAACAUGCAUAAAAUGGAGGGCAAAAUAAUUAUAACCAAACUAAACUCGGGUAGCAUAACUAAAUGACAAAUCAACUUAAUAAUCAAUAAUAACAAUAAAUUUUAUUGAUAUCUCAAAGUUAACAAUAAGGAAACUAAAAAGAAAACAAUUAAUUCAAAAUUUAAAGUGCUCCUCAAUUAGAGAUUUAAUAAGAAAAUCUAAAGUCUAAAGUGAAACCAAACUAUGAAAAUAAAGAUUAAAUCAUCAACUUUGGAAGAUUAUAAAAGUUUUCUUAUUAGGGAUUAUCAUAUCCAAAAAAAAAUAACGGAAAUUGUGUAUUUUGUGGUUUAGAAGCCAACGACUCUAAUUUAGGACCUCUAUUGUAAAUCCCCUCUAAUCGAAAUCCCAAUGAAAAAUUCGAUUUACAUGAAAUGUGUGGAUUAUGGAGUUAAAAUUUGGUUUUCUUCGACAAACAAGGAUAAUGUGAUCCAAAUAAUCUAGAUGAAGAAGUGACUAAAUCAAAAUAAACUAAAUGUUUCUUAUGUAGCAGACCAGGAGCUACAGUUUGUUGUGCUGUAUGUCCAGUAGCAUUUCAUUUCACUUGCCUUAUGAAUAGUUCUUAAACAGGAAAAUUAGUGGAAAGCCAAUUCAAAUUCUUUUGUGAGACCCAUAAAAAGAAAGCUAGCAAAUAUGAACUAGCCUCAAGUGAAGAAAAGAUCAAGACUAAAAGACCAAAAAAAACUCAUUAUAAACUAAAUCAAUCCAAGGCCCUCAUUAAAACAAGUCCUAAAAGAAGUCCAAGAAGAAGUCCUAAGAAAUUCAAAUCUCCUUCUUAAAAAUAAAUCAGAAUAUCAAAAUGUAUCAUACCAACAGAAGAUAAAGAUGUACACUAGAAUAAUCAUAGUGAUUUGAUGUCCCAUGCGCACAAAUAAUAUGAGCCUACUUAACAAUAGGUUUAGUCAUUAAUUUAAGAAUCCGACAUGAAAUUAGAACAAUGA